GCCACAGUUCAGUUCAUAUUUCAGAGAAGUUCACAUACUAAAUGGCUUCAAGUUUAGUGCAUCACAAACGAAGAAUUGAAGAUAGGAUUAGUGGGUUGCCAGAAGCAGUUCUUUGCCAUAUACUCUCCUUCCUUACAACCUUAGAGGCUGUCCAGACCAGUGUUUUAUCACAUAGUUGGAAGAAUGUCUGGGCUUCUGUUCCCGUUCUAGAUUUGGAUGAAAUGAAAUUUUACAAACAUUGUGUCAAUUCACGGAAAAGAUAUGAACGAAGUUAUUUUGAAGAGUUUGUGGAUGAUCUACUUUUCAAUCGUGGUGAAGCAAACAUUUACAGUUUCCGUCUUAAUGUGAUUAGUGGUGGGAUGAACUCAUCUCACAUUGAUGCUUGGAUUUCCACUGCCAUUAGGCAUAAUGUUGUGGAACUUAAUCUUAGGGUUGGCAAACCUACACGCCCACAUUUUGAGAUCCCAAUGCUACUUUUCACGUGCAGCACAUUGAUGAGGUUGAAGCUGUUGCUGUGCGAAAAUUUUAGUGCCACGAUUCCUAGCUCAAAUUGUUUCCCGUCUCUCAAAUUUCUCCAUGUUACAGUUCAGCAUCCUGAUUCUGACUUAAUGGAGAAGUUCUUUUCUUGUUUCCCUGCACUUGAAGAGCUGAUUAUUGAUGGAGACGUUGCAGGUGCGACAGCUUACAAUCUUGUUAUAUCUGCGCCUAAACUAAUAAGACUGCAUAUUUGGUUCAUUGUACCAGUUGCUUGGAAUUAUGAGUGCCAAAUUUUUGUUACUGCUGAUACUCCUAAUCUUGAAGAGGUAGAUAUCGAGUAUGACUGUCUGGUGAGCUAUUCUUUGAAGAAUGCCAAUUGUCUGAGGAAAGCCAAGAUAUUUUUUCAUACGGAAAAUCUUGAGGACCGUGAUUAUUUUCUUGGCCUCCCAGAUCGCAUAUGUCAGCUUUUUGCAGAUAUUUGUCAUGCCAGAUCCCUGACAGUUUCAUCUACAAUUUUUUCGGCUGUUGACAUUAGAUAUCACAGUCUUCUGCUGACAUUUGGUAAUUUGAACCACUUGGAGCUACAACUUCAAACUUGUCGCUAUUUGCAAUCACUGACAACUCUGCUCAAGAUAUCACCAAAUUUGGAACAUCUCAAGAUAUCAGCCUUUACGGAAAUUUUUUAUGGAAAUAAAAGCUACUGUGAUGAUGUCGAGCUUGAACACGGAUGGGAUGCACCAGAGUCUGUGCCUGUUUGUUUGAUUUCACACCUCAAGACUAUUUGCCUAUGGGAUUUUCAGGGGUGUCCAGAUGACAUGGAAGUUGCAAUGUACUUGGUGAAGCAUGGCAAGGCUUUGAAUAAGGUGACUAUUUAUAAUCACUUCAGUAACGAAGAGAUGGAGCUACGGUCUACUAUUGCCUUAUGGUCAAAAUUUUCAAACUUCCCCAGGGGUUCCGAGACUUGUAAGAUUCAGUUUGAGACAAUGGUUUGAUUCUUCUUUGGGAAUAUAACCUCAUAUGCACUUUUGUACAUUUAACUAAGCAAGUGUUUUCAUUUCUGCC